AUAAUACUCCUAUAUAUGUGGUGGUUGGAAUGUCUAACAGUAGAGGUCCUCGUGCAUUAUUUUUUAAUUCAUGCCUAGUGUGAAAUCUAUAUAGAACAAAGAUAGAGCAAGCUUUAGCUGCGAGCCCCUACAUACACAGUGCACACGUUGGUCUCAUCGCCAUGACUUCCUCCUGUAUGUUGCUUUCCCUCGUCUUCCUCCUGGCUACCUCGUCGGCGCGCGCCGGCGGGUUCAAGCACCUCCACCUGUACAUGCACGAGACCUUCACGGGCCCGAACGCCACGCUAUUUCCAGUGGUGCCACCCCUGCACCGGGGCGACAACGCAAGGUUCGGGAUGGUCGGAGUGCUCGACGAUGAGCUGCGCGACGGCCCGGACCCGAGAAACUCAUCGCUGAUCGGCCGGUUCCAGUCCCUCUUCGCCUUCGCGGGGCUGGUGACGCCGCCGGGCAUGCAGACGGCGACCAGCCUCGUGUUCACGGCCGGGGAGCACGCCGGGAGCACGCUGGUCAUGGUGGGCAGCAUCGUGAGCUCCGAGGGGCCCUACGAGACCGCGGUGGUGGGCGGCACCGGCGCGUUCAGGAUGGCGCGCGGGUACUGCGUUCUGAAGGCCGUGUGGAGCCCGACGCCGGAGUCCACCGUGUACGAGGUAAACCUGUUGUUGAAGAUGGGGGGAAGCCUCUUGGCGAAGAUGGAUGCCUGGAAACGUACGUAUGCACUGUGAAAUCUUCAACUGUUAAUUGUUACUGGGAACUGGAUUAAACUGAACUUAUGUGAUUAAGCACUGGAGCUGGAGGCCUUUCUGUCCCAGAGCUGGCGUAUGUACUCAAUAGACAUUGUUCGCUGGAAUAAGCUCGCUGCUCCUGCUAA